GUGUUUCAUAUUAAUUGUUUUAUUUUUUGUUGUAGGUAGUGCUGCAAAUCCAUUAAGUCCUGGUGGAAGUACAGUACCCUUUGAAAAUGUAGCAUUGUCAUCAGUAAGCCAAGAUGAAGAAGAUUGUUCUUCAGUGAAAGAAGGUGCUUUGAAGAGAUCAAGAAAGAUGUGUGCUAUAUGUGGAGACAAGAUUGGAGUCUUCCCAUUUUUGGGUGUGCCAUGUUGCACUGGUUGUCGUAAAUUCUACACACUUAAUGCUAGAAGGAAAAAAAAUCCACACAGUUGUAAGAAAUCAGGGAACUGUUCUAUAACUCGGUUAACCAAAUCUCAGUGCAAUGCUUGCCGUUUACGUCGAUGUAAAGAGAUUUUCCCCAGUGACAUUGAUGCAGUUACUCUUGCAAGCAGUGAAAAGCAAUUAUCUGAUAAUGAUUUGGUGUUCUCUCCGGCAAAAAGAUCCUCACCCUCAGUGAAAAAAGGAGAGGGAAUAUCAUCUACUGCAGUUAGCUGCGAGGAAGCAGAUUUUGUUCAGUUAAUGUCACCAAAAAAUAAGCAAAAUAAUCGCAGGAGUAGACGAACAAAAGAUAUUUCUGAUGAAAAAUACUUGAAAGAAGAAGUCAUUCAUAGUGAAGACAAUGUCUGUAAUCCGAGUGAAUCAAGUUCCACAGCAAAUGAUACUUCCACCUGCCGGACUCCAACUGGUAACAAGAGCACUACUACCAAGUCUGGAAGUGUUCUGAAACUACGUCGUCGUCGCAAGGUGCGCUGUAAACAAUGUGAGGGCUGCCUGGCUGAUGACUGCGGUGUCUGUGUGUAUUGUCUUGACAAGCCAAAAUAUGGUGGCAAAAAUGUUAUCAAGCAAGCCUGCAUUAAUCGACGUUGUAAAUUCCCACGCUAUACAAAAUUCGCAACAAAUUCUUUCAUCACACCCAAAAAAGAGAGUUCUGAGAACAAAGUUGAUUCAGAUGCACAAUGCAACAUAUCAUCAAACAGCCAACGAUGUCACCGAAGGGGAGCUGGAAGUGGUGGCAGUGGUGGUGGACAGCUAGACAGUGGCACUUCUCCAGGGUAUCACCCCAAACUCAGCAAACCUAAUGUUAAACUAAAGAGACAGUUUCUUUUUCAACAACUGAAGAAAAGGACCAAAGAAAAGGCAGUGACCCUCUAUGGCAAGUCUACGGAUUCUGUGAACAUGUACGUUCAAGCACCACCAAUGUUUUCAGGAGCAGCUGGGUUUUUGAGCUCAAAGAAUCUUGAACAUAUUGCAAUGCGCAAAUGGACUAGUCAGGAUUACAUGUACUCUCCAACAGCAUACCGUAUCAAGGUUGAUUAUAAGGAUGAUUGUGAUUUAUGUCGUGUAUGGGAGCAGGGUUUAGCUAUCCUUGUUUCUACACCUUUAUGUGUUCGCACUAUGUGUUACUUGUGUGGUAGUGCUGGUCAGCAUGAGUUUGUGUACUGCCAGUUGUGCUGUGAACCAUUCCAUAUGUUUUGCUUGGAAGAGGAUUGGCGGCCAACAGACAAGAACAUUGACAACUGGUGCUGUUAUCGCUGCCACUAUUGUCAAGUAUGUGGUCAACAAAACAAUCUAUUGCAGUGUAAGAAGUGUCACGAAACCUAUCACCCAGAGUGCCUCGGUCCUAACUAUCCAACAAAACCGUCCAAGAAGAAGAAGAUAUGGAUCUGUACGAAGUGUGUCCGGUGUAAGAGCUGUGGAGCAACGACCCCUGGCAACUCGGGCAAUGCUACGUGGAUGCACGACUUCUCCCUCUGUUAUGAAUGUGGCAAAUUAAUGGACAAAGGAAACUAUUGUCCGAUUUGUCGUAAAUGCUAUACAGAUGAUGACUGGGAUUCUAAGAUGGUGCAGUGCUCUUCUUGUGACAGCUGGGUGCAUUCUAAGUGUGCUGGACUCACAGACGAGCUCUAUAUGAUGUUUUCACACCUGCCAGAAGAUGUGCAAUAUAUUUGUUCACUUUGUUCGGAAAAAUCUCCUGCUCAGUGGGAGUGCAUCAUACAAGAAACAAUGCAGCAUGGCUUUCAACGAGUUAUGCUUGCUUUGCAACAUUCUAAAUGUGCACAACAUCUUUUAGGACCGAUGGCUGCCAAGCAAGGAAUAGAAAAAUUUAAGAAAAAAAAUAAACCAAAGAAUUGCAAAGUAAACACUUGUGGUGAUGAUGAUCAUGAUUCUUCUCAAGAUGACUCCGCAGUAACUUCUCUUUCCCUAGGUUUGCCUCACUGUAAAAGUGACCCUUCACCAUGUCACAAUGCACCUGUCUUUAAAGUUCCUCAUACAAGCCCUCGCUCUAAGAGCUCUUCAGUUGUUGGUACUAAAACAGUUGUUGGCUCUCCAAACACUUCCCCUGUCUUUUCUUCAGUCUCUGGCUGUGAUAAAUUGAUUAAGUCUGAAGCUGUAACAACUUACUCAUCCACCAACAAGGUUGCCACUUCAAUAUCUUCAUCUCAAAUCUGUGAUAGCUCACAAACUCACUCUAGUGACAAACUUAACAACUCCAUUUGCAGUUAUAGCACAUCUAGGAAAUGUCUCCUGGAGAGUUUUAACAAAAAUUCAGAAGUUAUUUCUAAUGUUACAUCUCCUCCAAAUAACUCUUCUCUUCAGACCAAUUCUCCAAAAGAUUCAGAAACAAAGGCUAUUGAUAGUUCUGUUCCUAAAACUACUGCUGUCAGUCUCCCAAAGACAGGCGGUGCUUGUCGCUUCGUAAUGGGACCAAUGUCACCUGCUGGUUUCUUUAGGAGGAAUAUUAGUAAUAGGAGUCAUGGUAUCAGUAUUACUAGCACUAGUAAAGUUCCAACCACUCCAGUUUCAUCUAAUACUACAGUGAGCGCUAAAAGUUCUUCUAUUGCAAAUACAUUAACAACACAGUCUCCUUCAACUAAUACUAAUUUAAAUCCUAGCAAUAGUAUACAGACAAGUGAAUCGUGUAAUGUUUCAGGGUUUUCACCUAAAGCAAUUUCAUAUGGGAAUAAUCCUAAGAUCCCUUCAGUAAGUACUGUAUGUUCCAGUAGUUCAGUUAGUACAGUUUCAGCUCUAAACGGCACUAUUAUGACGCCUAAUAUCGUAUCAUGUUUUAGUGAUACAAAGGCUCAGUCUCCUCAUGGAUCACUUGUAAGCAGCGUAACAACUUGUAGUUUUAACAACCCCAACAACAAUGCACCGUCUGGUGUCGUCCCUAAAACUACUACUUUGACUGAUGUUUCCUUGUCACAGCCACUGACAACUGAAACUGCAAAUGAUGCAACUCGGAUUUGUACGAACAUUACAACUUCAUGCACAACAUCAUCAACUGUCGGAGUAUCUAUGGUUGGUAGCGUAAAUGUGUUGAGUUCAGUAUCUUAUGGGAGUAGCUUUAUUAGUACUGUUUCUUCAACAGCUAGUAUUACUGGAUCAGCAACUUCAAAGUUUCCUGGCACUGUUCCAUCUAGCAACACCACUUCAACAACAGCUAGCAUCACCUCUUGUAUUAGCAGUGUAAUUAAAUCCAGUGAUACAACAAAAUCAUUGCCUUCUCCAGCAGUUAGCACAGUAAUUUAUAAAUCUCCUGUUUUCUCUUCUCCUACCCACAGCCUGAACACACACCAAGACACUAACAAUAUUAAGAAUACAAAAUCUUCAGACAAGCUAUUUAAAAACAAUCUUAGUACAAAUCAAAAAAAUCAAAAAAAUAAAACUACACAUGAGACUUCUAAAUUGAACACAAUAAUUGAAGAAGAUGAAGAAAUUGAUUUUAAUAACAGUACUAAAUGUUCAGCAACACCUGUUUCCACAGCUCAUUCGACUUCUUCAUCCGCAAAAACGCCUUCCACAAACAGUAUUUCAACAGCCCAAAGCUCAUUACAAACUACAAACUGUCCUUCUCCUGUACCAUCAGAGGAUAGUACAACAGAUUCAGCAUCUGAAGAUUCUGAUGAUGUGUCAAACUUUAAUUACAAAGAUGUUGCUACUUCGCUUCAAAAAGAAAGGCAGAAACUCUUCUCCGAAGCUCGCAAGAAUAAAUCUCUCUACACUUCAGAUGAUGGUAAUCUUAAGUGUAUUCCUGAGCUAGCGCUUAAAGCAGAAAAAGUGAAGGAAUAUCCCAAGAAUUUCCAUGAUGUUAUUGAAAAAAUAAAUAAACUUCACUAUCAGAGUGUUCACCAGUUCAAUGAAGACAUGGUGAGGAUCAUACAAACAGCUCUAAGUGACAGUGCUGAUCAAACUGUGAGUCGGAAAAGAGCUAACAACUCUGUGCGUUCGAUCUUCAUCAAGCAUAUGGAAAAAUUUUUUCCCUGGUUCAAUGUCAAGGCUUGUGCAUUAUGGAAUCAUAAUAAAAAUCUGCCUGUGGAUAUGUUACCAAACGCUGUUCUACCACCUUCAGGAGAUCAUAUAUAUGCCCAGUGGAUGAUAAGACCAUUUCAACCUUAUUCCACUCAUGAUUUCCCUCUCAGGAAAACUUGUACAACACCUCAUAAAAAACCAGGUUCAUUUUCUUUAUCUCAUAACAACAAAGAUAAUGAGUCGGAGGAAGGUUCUACUGCUGUGGAAGUUUGUGAAGACUUUCGAACAUGUGUACUCUGCUGGAAAACUUCUGAUCUUGAUCCUGAGGAAGAAGGUCGACUCGUGUAUGUUGGCCAAGAUGACUGGAUCCAUGUCAAUUGUGCUUUAUGGUCAGCUGAAGCUUUUGAGGAAGAAAGUGAUGGCACCCUACAAAAUGUUCAACCAGCUAUCAGUCGAGGCAAAAUGAUGCGCUGUGACAAAUGCACCAGACCCGGAGCUACAGUUGGUUGCUGUCACAGAGGGUGUCCUGCCAAUUUUCAUUUCCUCUGUGCCAAACAGGAAUAUUGUAUAUUCCAAGAAGACAAAAAAGUCUUCUGUUACAAUCAUCGACACAAAGUUGAUGGAGAUUUAGUUGAAGAUAAUGACUUUGACGUGAUUCGCAGAGUUUGCAUUUAUAUGGAUCAUCAGAAGUAUCCCAAGAAAUCUUGGGUAAAAGGCCUACCUGCUUCUGGCAUUAAUGUCAUUAUAGGUUCCUGCACUGUUGAAUGCUUAGGAAAUCUCACACCACUCUCAGAUCGAUAUGAUAUGCUGCUUCCAGUUGGUUUUCGAUCAACUCGAGUUUAUUGGAGUACGAAACAUGCAAACAAGCGAUGUGUUUACACAUGUCGUAUUAGCCUUGCAAAACCACAAUGUCCUAAGAAGCCGAACAAAGAGCAACAAAAACUUCAAUCUGCGGAACACAAUACAACUAAGAUAGAAGAUCCAGAGUUGCUGGAAAAUUCUAAAAUUGAAGAACUUGCGAAAUCUAAAACGUUGACAGCUGAGAGUGCUGAAGAUUGUGGUCGUUUAGGUGGUAUAACAAAUGAUGAUGAAAGUGUUGUAAAAGCUACUUCAAAUGAAAAAGAAAAGGAUUUAGUUCCAGAAUCUAAUGAACAAUCUAAUAAUAUUUCUUCUGAUAAACCAACAGACCCCAAAGAUUCAACAGAUUUGGUAUUGAAAGAAAGCUCAAAUGUUGAUUCCCAGGUGGCAGUUGUUGAGAAUUUGGAAGAUGAUAUUGUGUUCACUAGUGAAGAGGACAAGUUGUUGUUUGGAGAUGGAGCUCAAGAUUUGGAAACUGUAGUUGUUGUUGCUGAAGCAGAGGAUAUGACAGAUGAGGAAGCUAUUCAGCUUGCUAGGGAGGCUCUUCUUGCUGCAGAUAGUAACUUUACUGAGAAUGAAAUCUCUACUGAACUGACUGAAUCAGAUAAGGGAGAACUUGAUAGUAUGAAAGCUCCUAAAUUUGACUCAGUGGUAGAACCAGAGAUUGUUGAAUGCUCAUCUGAGCAACCUAUUGUGAUACCAUCAUGUAUAGAUGGAGAUUUACCUGAUAACAUCAACAGUUCACUUGAUGCCAUUUCAGAGGUACAGGUACAUUCUGAAUGCGACAAAGAGAUGAUGUACCUUGAAGACGAUAAUAAACCUGUUCAAGUGAUUAGCUUCAAUAGAAAAACGUUGCCUCUGAAUAAAAAAACCCAAAAUAGAUAUUCAAAGGUAGGAUCUAGAUUUCAAGAUGAUAAAUCUACUCGGUUUUCUCCGAUAUAUGGACCUAAAGGAGAUAUAAUUGGACAUAAACUAUCAAUCACUGAUGCACUUGCUCUAAAAAAUUCCCUACCCUCAAACUCACAGAAUAAUUUGAAAGAUCAUAGCAAAAGACGUUUAAAAAGAUUUUGCUCGAAAAAAAAUGUAAAACUAUUAGAAUUAGAUAAAUCUAGUGGUGGAAUAUUAAAACAUAGGAAAAUGGUUUCAAAUGAGCUCACUAGUUUAUUGCAUGCUGACAAGUCAAGAAUUCCUAGUAAUCUCGAUAAAGUCAGCUGUAAUAAAGGAGUACAAGACUUAACAUCUAGUUCUGAAUCAACUUGGCUCAACGAUACUUUUGAUUUAGGGAAAAAUUCAGGUAAAUCUAAAAACUCUCCACCUGUAAAAGUAUACCCUUUGCGACAAACAGUUUCAAGAAUGUGUGAGCAGGCGUUAGCAAAGCGCCCUCUGGAAGCAAUUUCUAGGAGCUGUAGAGACGAUCGUGCUAAAUCAUCCCUCUCAGUAUUGUCAACUGUUGAAACUACAACUGAAGAACAGGUAGUUGUUAAAAGAAGUGAAGAUAUUCCUCUGCAUGACAAAAUUGCAUUGAAGAUCAGGGCGGAGAGCUUAGCUAAAAGUAGUCCGGGGGAGAGAGGACCUUUCAAAUGUCCAACAUGUAAGCGACUCUACAGAACCAAGGAAAGCUUCGAGACACACGUUGAAAAGUGUGAUUUUGAACUAAGCACCAGUGAAGAAGAAGAUGAUGAUCAAGAUGGUCUCCGCUCACCAAGGCGGUACCUUGGAAACCCCCGUUAUCCCAUGCGUAAUUCAACUUUGAUUCAGAGAGUUGCUGCGGAAGUUGAAGCAGAAAUGAAUUUUGGGAAAAAGAUUCACUCAAGGAAGCGGUCACAUGAUUCGAUGAGUGGGUUGGAUUCUGAAAGUUUAGACUCAAUACAGAAUAAAGCAAAGCAAAGUCGUAGUCGGAAGUCAGGGGACUUGUGUGGACAGAUUGGAAAUGAACAAACUCAGCCCACAGAAAAUCGUGAAGAGCAAAUUGUGUGUAGUUCAUCUUGUGGAGAUUCUGAAUCAAAAGAUCUUGAUUUGUCAAAUGAGAACAGCACUUCACAAACCAAUCUUAGUAUUAAAGAAGACAAAUUAACUCACUCUAAUUGCCUACCCGAAAGUAGCUUUGCUGAUGAUUCUGAUGCCACCCUAUCACCUGCUCAAUGUGAUCAUGGUUUGUCUUUAAACGAAGAAAGCUGUGAUAAACAGAAUGCAUCGGUUUCUUCUGAAUCCGCUGCCGGCACACAAUCAACAACUGAUCGCAACAACUUGGAUCUGUUGUCAGAAUUAGCUUCAAAGCUCAGUAAACCACCGAAAGAAGGCAAUUGUCAUGAAUCUGAUGCGAAGAGAUUGAAGGUUGAUGAAGAGUCUGGAAGACUUGGCAAACAGAAAUUGGAAGUACUCAACGGAAUUAUAAGUGAAGCUAGUUUUCUGAAACAGUCAGUCUCUCGUGAUAGAGACAGCAUUCCCAGUGAAAUUCUUCCAUCAUCUAAUAGUUCUGAAUCUGUUAAACAGCACAAUACCAUUAUUACUGAUGAUAAGACCGAAAGUUCUCUUGGAGAGUUAUUUACAGACAAAUGUAAAGAGUUAGAAGAUAGUAGUCAUAAGAGCUUAUUUUACCAAAUAUUUCACAAUGCUAGUGCCAGUAACUCAACUUCAAAGUCAUUAAAUGUUAUGGACCCUCUUGCAAAAUCCAAAUUCGUAUCCAAAAUGUCUUCAGAUGAAACUCAAACAGAUGAUAAUGCUCAUCAAGAAUUAUUAAAUAAAAACAAACCAAUGUUUAAUAAUUCUAUUUCUAAGUCACCUAUCGAAUUCUCUACAAAUCUUGUGAAGAACAUUAAUACUUUUGCAGAAAUAUCACACAUUAACAACCCAGCUAUUUCUUUAGUAGGUACCUCAUCUAAAGCAUCAUUAACAUCUUUAACUGCAUCUUUAUCUACAAAUGUUAAUUCAUCACACAUCUCAGAAUUAAAUAGUUCUAGCACUCAAUUAAUACAGUGCCAAGACAGUAUGGCACCCCAAAUGUUAACCACACCUGUAGUUACUAUGGCAUUAUGUAAUACAGUUUGUAAUGUACAACCUCAGACUACAUGUGUGGUGGCUCCUGCCCAAAGUGUUCAGCCACUGACUAUGUCCAUGCAAAGUGCCUCUCCUCAUCUUCUUAGUUUGACAUCAGUAAACACCCCAUAUUUCAACACUUCAGACUUAACUUCUCCUGCCUUACCAACUCUUGCAUCACCCGUGUUUAGCCAAGCUGCUGUUACUCCAAUAGCUAUUGCUCCUCCGCUUCCAUCUCAACCACCUCCUACUCCAACUCUCAGCAUCAACUAUGUGGGUAGUUUUGUGUUACCAUCUGCUACUGACCAGCUGGUGAAUAUUACUCCGCCACUCUCAAGCAACCCUUUUUCUUCUAUAGCAACUUCUGUACCUCAGCUCCAGUCUACAGCGAACAUUAACACUUCUGAAUCAAUUUCUAAGAUACAAUCAGCUACAACUAUGCACCAUGCACCAAAUACCAUGAUGUUACAAGAAGGCUCAAUGCAAAACAAAUCUCCUUAUAUUAUACAUAAAACGUCUGUGCCUACUAUGCAAAAUUCCAGCUCAGUUGUAAAGAUUCUUGUUGAUAAUAAUCCUCCCACUUCAUUUGUAACUGGGUCUAGUAUAGACUCGAACAGUUCAAACACAGCAUAUAAUUAUAGCAAAUUACUACAGGAAAUUUUUAAAGUAACACAACCACCAACUAUCACAAACCAAACGUCUCUAAUAGCUUCAACAGUAUCUAGCAAAUCUGAUAGUUGUCAAACUACAAGCACUUCAAUAGUUGAAAAUCCAAUGGCUAGUCCAUCGCUAUCAUCUUUACCAAGUAGCAAUCAUAAACGCUCCCCUAAUCGUAAACUUUAUUCUAGGAUUUCUAGAGUGAAACCUUCUGGACUCAAAGCACCAUUUGUUUUUAGACAAAACUGUAAUAAAAGUCAGCUUGCUGAUUCAGCUGAUGCAGUGAAAAUUGUAUCUGGAGUUGAAGAAAGCAGCAAAUUUAUUCAGAAUAUGGUGAGUCUCAGUUCUAGUUCAGAUUUACAAGUAGUAAGUAAUGUUAAUAAAUCAGUGUUACCUUCUCAAAAAGAACAGUUUAAUCUAGUGUCACGCAAACGGCAAUCAGCCGCGGGAUUGCAAUCAACAAAGCGCAUAUUGUCAUUCAUUUCAAGCAAAAAUGGAAUUGUAUCAGAUCAACAGAAGGAAAAAGAAGAGCGUGCGGUUGCAUUUGAUUCCAACAACAACACAGAAGACAAGGCAACUAAAAAUGCCGGAAAUCAAACAUUGACCCCAGCAACUGACUCCCCCAAUCAAACUUCAGAUGCUACUGACUCAAAAGUAUUUGACCCAUUUACACCAAAAGUAACUCUAAGAAAGAAACCUGUGCGAAAAGCAAGAAACCUAAAUUUCCGGAGACGUCCUCGAGAUUUAAGGAAGACAACAGGUCGCGAAGGUAAUCAGCAGAAUGGAGGUGCCCCAUUUGCAGAGGUGGAGGAAGAAGUAAUGGAAACUCCAUUCAUGAGUUCUCAAACGAGAAACUCGACUGGUCCUUUACCCCAGCCUAAACCAGAUCUCAACCUACCACAUCUUGUAUUUGAAAUUUCUAGUGAUGAUGGUUUCUACUGUCGAGCGCAUUCAAUUGAUGAUGCUUGGCGUCAGGUUUAUGAGGCUGUCCAAGAUGUCCGUGCCUUGUCUAAAAGGAAGCAAUUAUCCUAUGCAAAUAUAGAUGGUGCCCUAAUGUUUGGUGUAAGUCAUCGAGCUGUGGUAUAUCUUUUGGAACAGCUGCAUGGUGCAAAGAAAUGUUAUAAUUACAAAUUUAACUAUCAUUCUCCUCCAAGAGAAUAUGAUGAAGAUGAUCAGGAACCUACUGAAACAUCAAGUGGUUGUAUUCGCACGGAACCAUUCAGUACAAGGAAACCAUAUGACAUGUUUAGUUUUCUCAUGUCACGUUACCGGAACCGUCCUCAGUCAAAUCAUGCUACUGGUGAUGAAGAAAUGGCUUUGAAAUCAUCUAGGCGACCGACCAGCAUGGACCUUCCAAUGGCUAUGAGGUUUCGCCAUCUUCAAGCACAUGCUCGUGAAGCGGUUGGUGUUUAUAGAUCUAUGAUCCAUGGCAGAGGUUUGUUUUGUAAAAGAAAUAUAGAUGCUGGAGAGAUGGUAAUUGAGUAUGCUGGCGAAGUCAUUCGAGCAGAAUUAACUGAUAAAAGAGAGAAGUUUUAUGAAAGCAAGGGCAUUGGUUGUUAUAUGUUCCGUAUUGAUGAUGUAGAAGUUGUAGAUGCAACCAUGCAUGGUAACGCUGCCCGUUUUAUUAACCAUUCAUGUGAUCCAAACUGUUAUUCUAAAGUGAUUCAAGUUGAUGGCAAAAAGCAUAUUGUAAUUUUUGCAAUGAGACCCAUCAAGCGAGGCGAAGAGUUAACUUACGACUACAAAUUUCCCAUAGAAGAUAUCAAAAUUGCCUGCACCUGUGGCUCUAGGCGUUGUAGGAAAUACUUAAACUGAAAUGUAUUGCUGUUCAACUAGAUGAGCUAGCUUAUACCUGUCACCCACUGCCAUCACCAAUUCUGCUUACAUUAUUUUUUCUCUUGAACUCAAUGCUGAUAGGUGAGAAAGGAGAAAUUUCAAGAAACACAUUUUUUGGCCUCCCAGUUUUGGCCUGAUGGGAAAUCUCUAUGGACCAAAGCUUUGUCACUCUUCAAAGUAAAUAAUCUACUAUAAAUAGAAUCUUUUGAAAAACUGAUUCUGUCAAACAGACCAGUUUUCUUUUGGCAAUUUCUACAAUUUUUCUUCAGUUAUGGCGAAAACUACAAAAACAAACAAAAAGCAAAAAAAAUACCAAUAACAAAAACGGUUCUUACUUACUGACGUUAUUUAUUAUCAGAUUUCACCAGGGACUCAUUUUUUUUUUUUUUUUUUUCCUUUGAGUAUAUGUGUGUGUGUAAGUAUGUACAUACGUUGCGUGUAUAUAAUGUACAUAUGUGUGCGAGAUUUGAAUGAAUGUUCAUAACUAUAAAACUUGAUUAUUACAAUGAAGAAAAAUUGUAGAAUUAUUCUUUAGAAAUAUAAGUCUUUUUGAGAAAGAUUUAACAAAAAAAAAAAAAA